AUGGAAGCAAAGGCGAGUUGGUUUCGCACUGGAGUUCUGACUUCUGGAUUCUUCGACACAUCUGCCCUGUCCAGAUACGUAGCACCAGUGAAUCCAGCCAUUUUCCCUCAUCUCACCGUCGUGUUGCUUGCGAUCGGGCUCUUCUUCACUGCCUGGUUCUUCGUGUAUGAAGUCACGUCGACCAAAUAUACCAAAGACUUGAAGAAGGAGCUGUUGGUGUCUCUGGUUGCAGCAGGGUUCAUGGGUUUCGGUUCCUUGUUCCUCAUGCUUUGGACCAAUGAACCUGACAAGUUGUACAGCAUGGUUGAGCUGGAAAUGAAGGGACACGAUCCAGCAGUGCUGAAGAGCUACGAAGACUUCACCCUGAUGGCUGCGGAAAACCUGGGAAUCACUAUGAAAGACAAAUGGGUGCCAGACAAAAGGCGAAUACUCUUGUCUUUACUCAAGUCAGUUCACAUCUACAAGAAGCACCAGGUGCAGUACGAAUUCCGGACUCAUUUCCGGGUCGUUCGCUUUGAGAAACUCACGGGUUCAACUGCGGACACGUUUCUGGAGUACAUUGAAAGGAAUUUACCGGAAGGAGUUUUAAUGCAAGUCACAACGGAAAUGGCUUUUGUCAUGAAUUGGCGCAGUUGGUUGAAAGUGCUGAAUGGUCGGAGGUAUGUGCAUGCUUACCGGAGUCUGCCUGCAGAACCGCUCAAGGAACGAUCUCAUCUUUUAUCUAAAUUGACUGGGGUUUCCGCGAGCAAAAUGCUGAUGUGUAUGCAGGAACACGCAUUGCUGAGACAAGUUCCGAAGAGCCAUCUGGUGGCCGUCACAGAUAUCCUGAAAAGUCAUGGAGUAGAAGGGGAUGAUGUUCUGGAAGAACCAAGGAUUCUGACAAUGUUUCCUCUGCUUCUGGAAAACUACUUCCAGUGUUUCAAGGACAUUGGAGUCAAUAAACCUGGACUGCAACUUGUGAGAAGGUACCCUUAUUUGUCAAGAAUGCGCUUGUCACACCUGAAAGCAAUUGGUGUUGUUCCUGGGGAAGAUCUGGUUCACAGAAUCUUGAACAGUGUUGAUCCUGACAGGACAGUGAAAGGCCUGGCUGAAAUGGUGACUGGAACAGUGCCAAGCAACUACUGGACUGAAUGGACUCUCCAGGACAUCUGUGGCAGAGUGCAACUUGCCUUGUUGAACAAGCACUGGGCAGUUGAAAUAGAAAAAGCAUUUGAAAUCAUCAAGGGCCAAUUAAGACUAAAAAACAAGAGCCUGACCCACUUCAGGGAAAACAUGGACAUUGCUCAACACUUGUUUCAACUCCCUGUGUCAAAGGUUUUGACGAAUGCCUAUGUUCUUUCUGGCCACCCUGCAAACAUGCGCAGGAUUGCCCAACUGGAAACUAUAGGCGCAAAUCCUACCAAAGAGGUUAUAAGGAAGGUGCCCAAGUUGUUGCUGUGUCCUGUGGAGAAUCUGGUGGCAAUUGAUGAAUUGCUGCUGAAGGAAUGUCACUUUUCUCCUUAUGCUGUUCAAGGUGUGACAGAUGUGUACACUUUGUCACCUGAAACUGUCAGAGAAAGACUGAAACAAUUGAACACGGUUCCUCAUUUUGAAGCGUUGAAAGAUCAUCCCAGAGUUUUGAGGCUUGUGAUGUAUCAAAAUAAAGCCAAGACGAGAUUGGCACACAUUGAGAGCAUGCAUGUUGGAGGCAUCAUCAGCUUGGACCUCUUGGCCGCAUCCACGAAAAAGUAUGAAAGUUUCAUGGAGUCCUCAAAGAUGCCCAGAGUGCGGGGAAAGGAUUUGACUCAUUUGGUCUCAACUUUAUUGGAAAUUGAGAAUGAUUUUGUGAGGGAUGAGUUGCACAAGCAUCCUUGUUGGAAACAGACCAGUUUGGUGCAAGUCAAAGGAACCGUUACUUACCUGCUAGCAGAAGGUUUCACAAGAGAGAAGAUCAUGAAUGCUCUGCAAAUAGUCCUGUAUUCUCGCAAAUCUGUUGCGAGAAUUCUGGAACAGCUGCCUUUGAAACCCGAGUUGGAGCCAUUUGAAUUACUGUGGAAAAACCAUGAUCAUGUGCUUCAACUGGCUUUGUACUAUUUGGAGAAGGACUACAACUUCAGUGGCAAGAAGCUUUUUGAAUUGAAAAUGUUCACCAAUAGAAAAUUGUUUGGCAAAGAUUUAAGUGCUUACGAUGACUUAGAUGUCGAUGAACUCCUCGACAAGCUCACCCCGGAGGAAAUUAAUAUUUUAGCCAAGGAAGUAGACCCAGAUGAUCAGCUUCUCCCUCCGAGCCAACGACACAGCUAUAUGUGUGAUAAGAAUCCGACGGGACCAUUGAACCGAAAGCAGCUAAUAAACCACAUCAACAAAGAGGCUUUAGAAACUCCCGACGUACCUGAGCUCGUACCGUAUCAUCCAGGGACGGUUCGUGGCAAGAAAUGGAUUGCGCCAUCCAUGCCUCCAUCUAAGCAGGAGGAAGACGUCAGGAUUGAUUUGGGGGAAGACUUCGAAACCGCCCUCGCCAAUGCGGGUGACGACGAACUCGUGGAUCUAGCUGCCAUACUUGGGUUCCACUCAAUGAUGAAUCAAGACCAAUAUCACGCAUCGCAGCAGAACUCAGGACAACCUGUGGGUCUGGGCUGGACUGGCGUCACGAAAGCUACGCAGUACAAACCUUUGAAAUUUGAACCGCCAAAUAUGACGGAUGUCGAGGACUCGAUCCGUCGGGUGUCCAUCGAUGACGCCUCCCUCAGAGAACUGAAUCUGAACAACAUCAAGGCAAGAAUUCAUCUGACCAUUUCGGAUGAGAAGUUCGUGCGAUUGUUCGACGCGUUGAAAACGAAUACGCGGCUGGAGGCGUUAUCCUUGGCAAAUACGGAUUUGCGAGACCGCGUAGUGUCGAAACUUUGCGACGCUCUUGAGAAGAACUCAACGUUGCGAGUACUGAACGUGGAAAGCAACUUCAUCACUCCUUCAGCUAUUCGCGAUCUCAUCAAAUCCCUGCUGGUGCAGAAGUCGCUUGAAGAGUUCCGAGCCGUGAAUCAGAAACCUUCGGUUUUGGGGAACAAGAUUGAGAGUGAAAUCACGAAGCUGGUGGAGAAGAAUCCGACACUGCUGCGACUCGGGUUGUUUUUGGAAUACAACGAUGCCCAAAACCGGAUUUCCGCACACCUGCAAAAGAACUGCGACAAGUAUCGUCUCAAGAGGAUCGGCAGAGCUGCGAGAAAUUAUUUGGGAGGUGUUUUGAGGGACAAGUUCCGCAUCCCGCCGUCAGUUCUGCAAGAGCGCAGGGACAGUCUCAAGAAUGCUGUCGGGGAGGACGAAGAUUAGACGAGCUUGCAGACCCGAUUGAUUAUAUUCUGUAGUAUUUUCCUCCUUGAGUGUUGAAUGUAUUUAUGCGAGUCGGGGAGAAAUCCAGUGUAGCUCAGGAAGCUGUCCAAGUCUGAAGAAGGGGAAAAGUUAUGAAUAGAAAAUCAUCAGUUUGUUCCCAUUUUCAUUUGUUUGGCUGAUGAGAGGAAAUUAUUACACUUCGUGAGGGAUGGAACAAAAGUUUUACUUUUGUUGAGCAUUCUCAGAACCCAAAAAAGAACAUAUGGCAAAGGGAAUAGAACAAAUGAAACACAAGUAAUCAUCUGGUCCAGGAACAUACAAUCAAAGGGACAUAAUUUUUUUUUUUUUUUUUCAGAAGAAUUUAUUGCAUUAUUUGAUGGCAAAGAAAUGACACAAUUCACGAGAGCAUGGGAAACAGUAUACAAAUGCUUUUAAAAAAUUGGUGUACGAGUACAAACCUAGAUAAAAAGUAUGUUAAGAUGAAGAAGGAAUAAAAAGAGAAAAAUUAUUUUCCCAUUCAAAGUUUUGUGAAGACUGAUUUGUAAUUGAAAUAAAAGUUUGGAGAGGAGAAAAAACCCUUGCUGGCUUUUUCUCAAUGCAUUCUCUCCACAAUAUCUUUGGUACUCCCACCGUGUGGCAGCUUGAGGAAUACAGUACUUCGGAUUGGACUGCUUGUUGUGCUACGAAACAAAAGCUGCUUGAAUACUUGUUUGUUGGCGAAGUCACUUGGAAGAUUUCACUGGUCCCUUGAAAAUGUAGCAUAGAUUCAAGUAAAUUACACGCGUGGUUUAAUGUUAUCACGGAUGUCAUUGUUAAUUUUGCUUGAAAUGGCUCCAAUUUAAAAUGCCCCGCCGAAUUUUUUUUUUUUGCAUGCACAUUUGGACAAAGAUGUUCAGUGGAAUCUUCCUGGUGAUUUCGCCAUGUAUUGCACUAAUUUAUGGAUUCGAGGUUUUAUUCCCCGCAGUGUAUUGUGUUGGAAAUGUUUCAGCUGCGAAGCUUGCUUUGGAGGGAAAUAGUCGACAGCUUGAAUUCGAGAGUUGCUUUUUACUCCUGGACAUAUUUCAUAUAGCUAUUUGCUGCCAAGGAUAUUCCUCGGUGUCGUACUUAUUCAUUUUUGCUGGCAAAUUUCCGCGUGCAUCUCUUUUCAUUUCCUUUGGAGGUCUGGUCAAAUUCUGCUGGAUUGGCGCUGACAAAGGGAAGGGAAGAGCACGGUUGGUUUGCCAAAUGUGAAUUUUAUGUGUUCGCCAGAAAUCCUGCUUUUGAAGAAAUAUUGAGAUGCAGUACUCUGUGUACGAGGAAAA